AUGGAGGCAUGGAGAGACCGCUUCCACCGCGCCAUGUACCAGCUUCUCCUCGCCGGACCCGUGCUAGCAGGAGCUUACAACGCGCCAUUCUGGGCGGCGAAGAGAGCUGGGAACGAGAGGUUUCUCAGCCACUGCGUACGGGGCUCAGCUGAACUGGAUCCCAUGCUGGUGGAUGAUGAAGAUGGGGAUUUUGCAAGGACGUUUCCGGUGUAUAAUUAUGAUGUUGAGGAUUUUACACCGGUUGGGAGGUGGAGGGAGAGGGCGUAUGAGUGCAUCUUUGGGCCGUUUGCGAGGUGGUUGGUUGAUGAGGGGAAUGCUCGCGAGGAGAAAUACCCGGAGCAUGAACCGAAGCGUACAUACCCAGAAGAUGAUUCUUCCCAUCUAGAUGAAGUAAAGAGCAAUCGCGGCGCGGUUCAAGACCUCAUGUGUCUCCUAGUCGGACACGAGCAUCUGAUCUGCAAAUUCACAAACGCGAACAGUGACGAUGGGUAUGGAUUCGCGCGGUGGGCGAUCCCAAAAGAUAAGCUUGCAAAAGAAUGGAAAACGCGAAAAGUCACUGUUGUCUUAUUCGGUGUGUUCAGAGUCGAAGAAGUCACUAUGCCCAGCAACAUUGAAAAUACAAAGCACAUCUUGCUUCCGACCGCCAUCCACCCUUCUCUUAAAGGGACAGACCAGGCGGCAUUCGACAUGUUGUGCGUCAUCCACUUUCUCGAUAUCCGCUCUCGCGGUCCGGGAGAUAGAUGUGAACACCCGGACCCACCGGCCAUGUUCCAACUUUGGUUAUUUGCUUUGAGAAAGUACCUGAAGUUGGGCUUUAGAAGCGGAUCGUUCUGGCAGUGGAGGGAGUGUAUGUGGUGGGAGGAGGUGGGGAGCGGGGUUGUUUUUCAUGAGCCGAGAUGGGCGAUUGUGCAGCCGUAUGUUGAGGGAGAAGUUUCAUGGCUUUUUCGUGGUUUUGGCGAUGAUGAGGGAUGA